CCAAUAUACCCGUUGUUGCAUUCUAGAAAUUUUCCUCUCAAAUCUCAAUCCCGUCCAAAUUAAGCAAGAUGCUUGCGGCGGCGGCCCAACCACACCCCCUCUUCUCCCUCCUCCUCCUCCUCCCGCACGUCUCCCUUCUGCGCCUUCCCCCGCCGCGCCCCCUCGUCGCCGCCGCCGCCGCGAAGAUCCGCUCCCACCACCACCACCACUAUCGGCGGCGGCGGCGGCGAAUCGCUCCCCCUCGCGAUCACUCAACUGCCGACGACGAGACCGCGCUCGACGAGGAGGACUUCGCGCCCGGCCCCGCCACAGCGCCCGCCGAGGCCGAGGCCGAGGGGGUGGAGACGGGCGGGGGUUUGAAGGGGUCGGACGUCCUGCGAGCGCUGCAGAGGGCCGUCGCCGCGAAGGAGGCGUCCCCUUGCAGGGGGGAAGAAGAAGCAGCGGCAAGCAGAGCGAGAGCAAGACCGAUUUGGCGGCGGCGAGCUCGGGAGCGUCCGGCCCGUCGAGAUUCGGAGCGAUUGGGCCGACAGGAUCCCGGAAUUGGAGAGGCGAGUGGAAGAACUGCAGGAGCAGCAAUAUUAUCUCUAGCCCCCCCGUUGGCUGGAUCUCCUUUAUAUCAUCGGUAGAUGGUGGAGAGCUGAGGAAGAGUAAAUUUAUCUAAACCAGUUGAAGUAGCGAGGUUUUGAGCCGGAAUAUGAAUCAAAUCUUGCGCCAAUCUGCCGAAAAUGGUAAAAUUUGCAGAACCGAUAUCAUCUUCAACAAUGG